AGGGCAGAGUUCAAGCUGCCGGUAGAAACACGCCACACAAGGACACAUAUGCGACAUGACGUCCAAUAAAAUUCACAUGCACCGGUGAUAAAAUAUGGGAAUCUGACCAGGAGCCGGUCAUAGAAUAACCUCCAUUUGUUCUGGAACACCUUGUUUUGGCCUGCCGCCAGCUGAAGCGUGAUGCAUCCAGAGCAGCCUGGACCAGGUCGUCCUCUGUGGAGGCGACUGGCAGAUUCAGGCCCUGGAGGCACGUGGAGCACCGGCCUGCUGCAGGGCCUAAUCCAGUGCGACAGACCUUUUUCCUUCUGCUUGCCGCUCCCCAGAGUCCAUGCAGCUGACGUGGCUUCUGCCCAGCCCGCACAGAUGUCCUCUCCUCCGACUCUGGCUCCUGCACCCAUCCCUCCCACCAGCUCCCUGCCAAAGACAAUAGGCAAGCCAGAAUUCCCAGACACAGGAUGGGAUCGCAUCAAGGACCUCUUCGACCGAGAUGUUUCCCAGAAGUAUCCCGAGGAGCUGACCAACGUGCUCAAGGGAGGUCUCUUUGCUGCAGUGGCAGGCAUGAUCUACGGAGGCCUGCCGGCUGCGCGCCAUGCCAAAGAGAGGUACAUUAAGCUCAGCCAGGCCGAGAUCUACUCCAGUCAAGUGGAAGCUGUGCGUUCCGCUCAUAAUGCCGCUGUCCGAGGAUUUGUGAGGUAUGGAGUGAGAUGGAGCUGGAGAGUCUGCGUCUUUGUCACCAUGUUCAACUCAGUCAGCACCGGCCUGUCUGUGUACCGGGACAAGUACACGCUCAGUAACUUUGCAGCUGCUGGAGCUGUGACAGGAGGACUGUUCCGUCUGAACCUGGGUCUGAAGGGGCUGGUGGCCGGAACCAUCAUUGGAGCUGUCCUGGGGAUUCCCACUGGAGCUGUGAUCAUGGGCAUGCAGUCACUGGGCGGGGAGGAUGCCCGAGAGCGCAGGCGGCGGGAACGCAGGGAGCUUUACCAGCUCAAACUGGCAGAGUGGAACUCGCGUCUGCAACUGACAGACGAGCUCAUUGGUGACCUGGACUCCAGGACUCAGGAGACGCACAGUACGGACAUGCAGAAGAUCGAGGAGCUGCUCAGGCUGCCUCGGAAUGAUGGAGAAGCUCAGGACUCAUAGACGGAUGAGUGGGAGGAAGCGCUGUGCUCUGGGGUUCUGUGUAAAUAACCCGCUUGAAAUAAACAGAAUGAACAACUGGUCUACAGUCUUGAAUAAAAACCAUGUGAUGUGAUAUUGGGUCCCUGGAGGCAGAGUUCAAUAUUCUUAUGAUGAGACA